AUGUUCAAAAGGAGCAAGCCCUCUGCUACAGAUAGAAAGAGGGAAAUAUUUGUCCAAGGAGCUACACAGCCCAUACUGAAGAAUGACCUGAGGAAUUUUCAUGCUUUAUCACAACUUGUUCUGUCUGCUGGUGGACUGAAACCAACUCCAGUAGUUAAACAUUCAAAAUCUGCUCACUUUGAGAUAGAAAUCCUUGAUGCUCAAACCAGAAAGCAGAUAUGUAUUGUAGACAAGGUGUCUCCAACAUCUACGAUCCAUGAUGUCAAACACAAAUUUCACAAAGCAUGUCCCCAGUGGUACCCUUCCCAUGUUGGCCUUCAGUUGGAACGCAGUGGACCCUUUCUGAAGGAUUAUGUUAACAUUCAAAGUAUUGCAGCUUCUUCCAUUGUUACAUUAUAUUUCACAGAUCUAGGUCAGCAGGUCAGUUGGACAACAGUUUUUCUGGCUGAAUAUGCAGGGCCUCUGCUUAUUUACCUCAUCUUUUACAUGCGACUCACAUAUAUUUAUGAUGCAAAGGAGAGUUCCAGAAGAUUGCGCCACCCAGUGGUACACUUGGCCUGUUUCUGCCACUGUUUACAUUAUGCCCGCUAUCUUCUAGAGACAUUGUUUGUUCAUAAACUUUCUGGAGAGCACACACCUUUGAAAAAUUUAAUAAAGGGAUGUGCCUUUUACUGGGGAUUCACUUCUUGGAUUGCAUACUACAUUAAUCACCCUCAGUACACACCACCAUCAUUUGGAAACAGGCAAGUCACAAUUUCUGUCCUCAAUUUUCUGAUAUGUGAAGCUGGGAAUCAUUUUAUCAAUGUAGUAUUAGCUCAUCCAAAUCACACAGGAAGUAAUGCCUGUUUCCCAAGUCCAACUUACAACCCUUUCACAUGGUUGUUCAUGUUGGUUUCCUGUCCCAACUACACUUACGAGAUUGGCUCAUGGAUUAGUUUCACAGUUAUGACACAAACCUUACCAGUUGGAAUUUUUACACUCCUAAUGAGUAUCCAGAUGUCUCUGUGGGCACAAAAGAAGCAUAAAGUUUACCUGAAGAAAUUUGAUUCUUAUGUGUAUAGGAAAUCAGCCAUGAUUCCAUUCAUAUUGUAA